GUAAAAUCCAAGGAUUUAUAUUGGAAAGUGGUUCGCCUUUGUCGCCGGUAGCCAUACAAGAUGAUCCAAGACAUUUUGCUUUUUCAAUGGGGAAGGUUCUAGAUUCAACUUUCAAAUCAAACAGAUCAGAAGACCUUCUUGAUUUACUGCUGAAAACUCCAGCUAUACGUAUAUCAGAGGCUGAUGUCCCGAAUGACAGAUAUACUGCUAAAGUAUUAGCUCGAAAUAUCAUUUGGACACCUACUAUUGAAAAUGGAGGUAACCCCAGUGCUGCUGUAACGAAGCCCAUGCACGAAGCCCUAAUAAUCGGAGAUUUCAUCCAAGCACCAUUGUUGACAGGUUUUUGUUCAGAAGAAUUCAGAAUCUUUUUUAAGAAUCUGACUGUUGAGGAAAUCGCAAGGAUAGGAGGCUCAUAUGAUCAAAAUGCAAGUUAUAUUAUAGAUUCAAGACUGCAUGUGGCAGACAAAGAUGUGGGAAUUGCGGCUUCAAAAUAUAAAUCUAUUUAUACGAAUGGAACAUUCAAGAAUGAUCCUGGAGCAUUCAUUAGGUUCCUGAGUGGUGAUACAUUCAUUACACCUGCAAGUCGCCACGCUGAACUGGCUUCGAAGUUUUCUCCAGUUUAUUUAUAUCAAUUUUCAUAUCAAGGUGUGAUGGACGGUCUUUUAUAUUUACCCAAUGUAACAGGAACAGAGUCGGUUGCACAUACGGCCGAAUUAAAGUAUUUUUUUGAAGGAGUAGCAGGACAUGCAGGUGAUCCUACCGACUACCCCGAAUCCGAUCAAUUGACAAUGAAAAGAUUAUUAGUUUUGUGGACCAACUUCAUCAAAUACCAGAACCCAACACCAAAUUUAAAUCCAACCUUAGAAAACAUAGUUUGGCCACGUGUCCGAGGAGAUAAUAUACAGUAUUUGAAUAUCAAUCACACUUUGGAAAUACUAUCGAAUCCAAAAUCCUAUGAUGAUGUGAAAAGAGUUCUCAAUAAUUACAUGAAUCCUCCACUGGUGGUGUUUUGACAUCUUGACGGUAAUCAGUAAAUUUUGAUUGAUUGUCUCAAAUAUAUUUAUAAUACAUGCCUUCAAUAAAGUCUACGUUAUUUCAGAAUGA